GUGUUGUGUUGUGUUGUGUUGUGUGUGUGUGUCUGCGUGUGUGCGUGUGUGAAUGUGCAUGUGUGUCCGUAGCAUUUUGGCGCCAUCUGGCUCAAGCGAGAAACGCCAGCGUACGUGCCUCACCGUACCCUCCUUUCCAUCGAGUUCGCCUUUGUGACGUGCACGCCACGAUGACCCAGAAGGCGCCUGCCCGAGCGUGCUUGCUGAUCCCUCUCCUCGCCCACGGCGUCUUCGGUACGACCGCAGCGGCGGAGGUCGACCUUCAGGAGGACACCGUGCUCCUUCAGCUCGGCACGGACGCCGCGAGCUUCGACCUCGCCCGCGUCAGUUCGCUGAAGGGCGUGUCUACAGUGACCUCCACAGUGCUCCCCGUGAACACCAGCCAGCAGACAGGACGACGCCAAGUCGAGGCGGCUGACCACAUGGUGAAGGGAGCCUUUUGGAACCAGGUGGGGCAGGACAUCGAUGGCGAAGCCUCAGGCGAUCGGAGUGGCGAGGUGGUGUCGCUGAGCAGCGACGGCAGCCGCGUGGCCAUUGGAGCUCGCUACAACGACGGUGCUACUGAGCUUGAUUCUGGUCACGUUCGCGUCUUCGUGCUCUCGGGCAACACUUGGAGCCAGUUGGGGCAGGACAUCGAUGGCGAAGCCUCAGGCGAUUACAGUGGCGUGGUGUCGCUGAGCAGCGACGGCAGCCGCGUGGCCAUUGGAGCUGCCACCAACGACGGUGCUGGGUUGAAUUUUGGUCACGUUCGCGUCUUCGGGCUGUCGGGCAACACUUGGAGCCAGUUGGGGCAGGACAUCGAUGGCGAAGCCUUCGACGAUAACAGUGGCUUUUCGGUGUCGCUGAGCAGCGACGGCAGCCGCGUGGCCAUUGGAGCGAUAUUCAACGACGGUGCUGGGUCGAAUUCUGGUCACGUUCGCGUCUUCGGGCUCUCGGGCAACACUUGGAGCCAGUUGGGGCAGGACAUCGAUGGCGAAGCCUCAGGCGAUCGGAGUGGCCUGGCGGUGUCGCUGAGCAGCGACGGCAGCCGCGUGGCCAUUGCAGCGCAGCAAAAUGACGGUGCUACUGGGUCGAAUUCUGGUCACGUUCGCGUCUUCGGGCUCUCGGGCAACACUUGGAGCCAGUUGGGGCAGGACAUCGAUGGCGAAGCCUCAGGCGAUGUCAGUGGCCGUUCGGUGUCGCUGAGCAGCGACGGCAGCCGCGUGGCCAUUGCAGCGCAGCUAAAUGACGGUGCUACUGGGUCAAAUUCUGGUCACGUUCGCGUCUUCGGGCUCUCGGGCAACACUUGGAGCCAGUUGGGGCAGGACAUCGAUGGCGAAGCCUCAGGCGAUGUCAGUGGCGUUUCGGUGUCGCUGAGCAGCGAGGGCAGCCGCGUGGCCAUUGGAGCGACCAGAAACGACGGUGCUACUGGGUUUGAUUCUGGUCACGUUCGCGUCUUCGGGCUGUCGGGCAACACUUGGAGCCUGUUGGGGCAGGACAUCGAUGGCGAAGCCUCAGGCGAUCGGAGUGGCGUUUCGGUGUCGCUGAGCAGCGACGGCAGCCGCGUGGCCAUUGGAGCUUUCUUCAACGACGGUGCUGGGUUGGAUUCUGGUCACGUUCGCGUCUUCGCGUCUUCGCCAACGCCGGCACCUACGCCGGUGCCUUCGCCAGCGCCGACGGCCGCACCAUCGGCUUCGCCAACGCCAGCACCGACGCCCGCGCCGACGUCGGUGUAUGCCACGUUUGAAGGUGGUUGCCGCACACAGAGUGGGGGAUUGGGUACAUUCACAGUUGAAUCACUGGAGUAUGGCGACUGUCAGAGUGCAUGCACGUCUGACCCUACGUGCGUGGCAUACGAACACAACGGGGUCGGGACAACUUGCGAGUUGCACACAGAGGCCAUCACUCACGGAAAAGGACCGAACGCUAACGGUGUGGUGUGCUACGUGAAGCAGGCCCCAGCGGCAUCGGCGACGGGCGACCCGCAUCUCCAGAACAUCCACGGCGAGCGGUUCGACCUGAUGAGGCCCGGCAACGCCGUGCUGAUCCAGAUUCCGCGUGGACAGCCCUUCGAGAAGUCAUGGCUCACCGUGGAGGCGGACGCGCGUCGUCUGGGUUCGCAAUGCGCGGACAUGUACUUCCAAUCUCUGAACAUCACGGGUAAGGGCAGCCCAAACCGCAGCGACAGCGAGAUUCGGCCCCCUCCCCUCCCCCUGCUGCUGUGCCCACACUAGUGGAACGCUGUCGUGGCCACAGCGCCGUCGCCCAGCGCACGCCGACUGCGAUGGGUCGAGAAGGCAGUGCCCCCCCGCCUUUCCGCCCCAUCAUCUCUCCCAUCGUCCCGUCUUCCGCCCACCUGAGCAGCGAGGAGGUGGCCGGCCCGAGGGCCGAGCUGCCCUUCUGUUGCAGCACCUUGUCCCACUGCUCUUCUUGACCCCUCGACCCCCUUCCCCCUUCACUCCAAAAUGGGGGGUACAGUCAGCACCAGCGUGGUUCGGGCUGCCCCUGACAGGGGCUUGGGCGGACAAGGUGCGGGCCGGCGGCCUCACCUUCACUGCUGGGGGGUCGCGCGACGAGACGCUCCAGGCCGCCCAGGGCUGGACGAGGUUCGGCCCGCUGAAGCUGAAGGUCGUGCACGGCAGUACGAGCCAGGGCAUCGCGUACUUGAACUUCUACGUCAAGCACAUGAGAGAGGCGGGUGCUGCUGUCGGAGGUCUGCUCGGUGAAGACGACUACACGGAGGCGGCGACGCCCGAAGAGGGGUGCCUGAAGUCGAUGUCACUGGAGAAGAAGGCGAUUUCGAACAGUGACGUCGGGCGUACCGAGGCGAUCGCUAGCCUAGCGUAGGAUCAGCUGACGCGUCUCUUCUGCGGACACCGUCGGUAGCGCACGACCAUGGUCCGUGGGUGUAUUCCGUCGACGACUAUGAGUUUACUUCUUGGGGCCGUGCGGACGGGCAGCACGAGCUGCCCACGUCAUGCACAAAUCUGCCUAGCAGGUGCAAGCCCGUUCUUCUUCACCUUACAGUUUGACUUUGCGCGAUAUCGCGCGUCCUGCGUUUGCCAACAAGUCAUCACCCUCAUCGAGAUCACCUUCGGCACACGUCAUCUGAAUUGGGUCGUCCUCACCAUCCUUCUUUAUCAUUCGUUCCCUCCCGUCCCCCUCCCCCUCUCCCCUCGUUCCC